AAGAACCAGAACACUUCUCUCCUGCUGGACUUCAAACUAACACCCCCUCCCUUUCAGUUUCUGACAGGCCAUUUUAGGCUUGUAGAAUGUUUAAAUUACCCAGAAGGCUUCCCGCUGGCUCAUACAAUCUCCAUCCAACAUUUGCCGCCGACCGCGCAGCCCUCGGCACCCUGAGCAGCUUCAUGCUGAGGGAGGUGAUGGCUCUCAGAUGGCCACUUCCUGAUGACAGUGAUCCUGAUAGAUUUACAUGGGGACAGUUUCUUGAGAAUGCUCAAGAGAUUCCCCGGAGUCUGGAGAUAGAAGACUUCACUCUUAAUGUAGCUCCAACCAGCGCCCGUGUGAGCUCUCCCACCAUCCUGCAACUUCACCCCAAAAUAACCAAACCAACACACCUGCAUGCCAACCUCCCCCUUCGCUUCGGGCGGGAUACAGAGAUUACCCCAAGGGAACGUGCUAAAUCCAAUAUCAACCUCCCUCAGCGCUUUGGCCGGUCCUGCACAACGUGUGCGCGCUCAGGGACCGGACUCUCAGCCACCCUACCGCAAAGGUUUGGGAGGAGGAACAUAUUCCCUUUAGACCCUUUCCGUGCAUUGACUCUCUACACACGCACACCUGAAUCACCAUUUCCAAAAGAAAGGACUCAAGUCCAUGACUACAUGCUUGAAACAGUAGAAGACUCUGUAGAAGAAACUGUAAAGAACAAAGACUACACAGUUUUAGACUAACGAAGCCCACAAACAACAGCUGUUUAUGAGAGAUGUUUUGUUCACCAGUUUUAUGAAUUUCCUAUUCUCUUCAUGCAUUUGCAUCUGUACUUGCCUGCUUGUAAACUGUUUGAGUAAAUUAUGAAUAACACUACACUUGUGACAUUGUGUUAUUAUUUAUAUAUGUUUCACAAGAGCUUUCUCCAGUCAUUCUCCUGCAAAUGCACUCCGCAUACAAUGCUUAAUGAGGUCGAGGUGUUAUAAAAACAUUCUUUAAUUAACUGGAAUGUUUGAUGUUGAUUCUCUACAAGAUGGCCUGUUACAGGUUGCUGAGGAACAGUGAGACAUGCCAUUUGACCAAUGACUUGCUGAACACACACACAUCUAACCAAGAAUAAUGAUAU